AUGGGUUCCCCCUUUUGGUGGCUGGCAGCUAUUCACAUACUGACUUUUCAACACAGAUCAUGCCUGGUUACAGGUCGACUUAUUAGCUCUUCUCCUAGUAGUUCCAUCAUUGGAGUCAUUGGAGAAAGCGUCGUUCUGCCCUGCCACGUGGUAGCAGAUAACAUUCCUGAGGUAUUCUCUGUCCAGUGGAUAUUUCAUGAACAGUCUCAAAAAAUAAAUGUGAGCAGAUAUGAUGGAAAGAAUAAAAAGGAGAAACACGAUGAGAGAUAUCAAGGCAGAACAGAAUUCUUCCACAGUGAAUUUAGAGCUGGCAACAUGUCUCUGCACUUGAAGAACGUCAGGAGCUCUGACAAAGGAUCAUACACUUGUGUCAUCUCUUUCAAUGACACGUACCAUGAUGUGUUGAUUGAACUGCAAGUGGCAGCUAAAGGUGGUGUGCCUUCCAUUUUCCUGAAGAGUCACAUGAAGCAGGGCAUUGGCCUCACCUGCCAUGCAGCUGGAUGGUUCCCUAAACCUGAGGUGAUUUGGCUGGAUGGCCAAGGACAGGUCCGGAAGGAACUAUCGACCACAAAGAUGACGAUGAUGCCUGCAGGCCUAUACAGUGUUGCAACUUCCAUGAACCUAAAUCCGGGCUCUGACAUGGAAGUCUCCUGCAGGAUAGUCAACAAUCUGCUAAAUACAACGAGCGAGUCCCGAGUCCUGAUCUCAGAUAUUUUCUUUCCCUCCAUUUCAAAAUGGCUGAUUACCUUACUGGUAAUUUUAUGUCUUAGCAUGGUCCUAAUUUCCACUGUAUUUUCUAAGCUGAGAAGUAACCACAAGAAAACAGUUAGCUCAGUGAAAGCGAAGAUGGAAAUGGAGGAAGAAAAAAACCAACUGAAGUCAAUGAUAGAAGGAGAGAAAACCAAAAAUCGAGCAGCAAAGUCCAAACUGAAAAAACGCUUUGGUCGACUGAAAGCAGAGCUGGAUUUCUGGGAAGCCAGAAGCCACGCAGUUCCCAUCACUGUGAAUCCUGACUGCCGCGUCCUGGAGCUCCAGGUGCCGGGGGCUCCACAUGCGGAGAGCAACGCGACUGGCCCAAACGCUCCCUCCCCAGUCCCUGUCCUGGUGGGGAAGGAAGGGUUUGCAGCUGGGAAACGCUACUGGGAGGUGGAGGUGGGCCAGCAGCAGGACUGGGUGCUGGGGGUGGUGAGGGAGAAAGGGAGACAGGAGGAGGAAGGGACUCGUCCUGGGGAGGACUACUGGGCUCUGCACAGGUCCCAGGGAGAGAUUUUCUCUAGCGAAGGAGACCGCAGGAUUAGGAAGCAGCAGAUGAGUAAUUCAGUGAUCGGUGUGCUUCUGGACUUGGAGGAAGGGCAAGUGAACUUCUAUGAAGCAGAGCAGAUGGGCGUCAUGGUGAGAAUGCCUCUAAGGCUUGGAAAGGAAUCUGCAGAAAUGUUUUACCCAUUUCUAUCCAAAACGGAAGGGACACACACACCUCUUGUCCUCCCGGUCUUAAUCCCUGUCCCUUUGGAGACACUGUAAAAGGAAAUUUUGAA